GCCGGGCUCCGGGAGCAGGGCCGGGCGGAGGCCGGAGCCCCGGGCAGGGCUCCAUCCCGGCGGGCGGCGAGGGCGUACUCGGCGGCCGUGGCGGGGCGGCCCCGCGUCCUCGAUUUUGCCCGCAGCUGCGGGGCAGAGCGCGGGGAGUAUCGGGCCAGGCUGGGCCUCGGUGGCCGCACUACAAGUCCCGUGAGGCGGCGCGGCGCGGGCCCGGCCGGUUGCCUGCGCAGCGGGCGAGGCUGCGUCCGCGGAGGGGCGAGGCUGAGGCGAGGCGAUGCCGGCGGCGGGCUCGGAGGGGGAGGAGGGCCCGUCGGGCGAGCAGGCCGGCCCGUCGGGCGAGCAGGCCGGCCCCGGCGCCCCCAAGCUCUGCGGGUACCUGCAGAAGCUGUCGGGCAAAGGCCCCCUGCGUGGUUUCCGCAGCCGCUGGUUUGUCUUCGACCCUCGCCGCUGCUACCUCUACUACUUCAAGGGGCCGCAGGAGGCGCUGCCCCUCGGGCACCUCGACAUCGCCUCCGCCUGCUUCAGCUACCACCAGCCCGAGGCCGGUGCUGCCGCCGCGGGGGACGAGGCCGCCGCCUUCGAGGUGCACAGCCCCACCGGCGCCGUCGCCGUCCUCAAGGCUGCAACUCGUCAGGAUAUGACAUACUGGCUUCAAGAACUUCAACAGAAGAGGUGGGAAUAUUGUAACAACCUUGAUGCAGCAAAAAGGGACAGCCGAACUUCCCCUACACCAAGUGACUUUUCCAAAGGUCUUGUUGCCAAAGAUAACCCUGAUUUGAGUAUUCUUAGACAAAAUGCUUCAGCAGAGAGAGCCAGAAAUAUUCUUGCUGUGGAGACCUCUCCUACAGACCUGGUGGGGGAACAAGCAGCUUCACAACGUGCACCAGUCCAACCAAGUGCCAUCAAUUUCUCACUUAAACAAUGGAGUACCGAAAUCAAAAAUUCAAUGUCUUCUUUAAGAAAAGGAAAUAACGAAAACCGUAAAAGCGUAUUUUAUACCAGUGAAGAGUGGGAAUUGCUGGAUCCAACCCCAAAAGACUUGGAGGACUCGAUGGCCCUGGAGGAAAAGAGGAAACACCUGGCAGAAGGAAGUAAAGGACUGACUAGUUCAGCUUUUCCAUUUGAUUUUGGCCGCAUUCCACACAAAACAAGGCGCCCGUUAAAAGACAUGAUUGGGUCAAGCAAAAACCGGAACAGCAGUGACUCUUCUCCAACUGAGUGGUAUUCUGGUAAUGGCAACAAACUAGUCUCUGAACUGCAACUGAAGUAUCAAAGCCAGCAAGAAGAGUUGGAACAGCUGAAGAAAGAUCUUUUGAGCCAAAAGGAACUUGUGCGACUACUGCAGCAAACGGUCCGAUCUUCCCAAUAUGAUAAAUAUUUUGCAAGCCGUCUUUGCGAGGGGGUUCCCAAAGACAAGUUAGAGCUGUUGCACCAAAAAGAUGACCAGAUUUUGGGUCUCAACAACCAGCUUGAAAAGUUAAAUCUGGAAAAAGAUAGUCUGCAGCAGGAAGUAAAGAAUCUGAAAUGUAAAGUUGGAGAACUCAAUGAGCAGCUGGGUAUGUUGAUGGAAACUAUUCAAGCUAAAGAUGAAGUGAUCAUGAAACUCUCUCAUCAGCUCAGCGAAUGUGAGGACAAUACAUCCUCUCAAAGUGGAGCAGUAAAUUCUUCCAUGGCUACCUGUACUAACAAGGAACUACAGGAACUGGACAGACUAAAAGACAAUCUUCAGGGUUAUAAGACCCAGAAUAAGUUUUUAAAUAAGGAGAUUUUGGAACUUUCUGCUCUACGAAGAAAUGCAGAAGCAAGAGAGAGAGAAUGGCAGGCAAAGUAUACUAGCUUGGAAGCCAAACUCUGUCAGAUAGAAAGUAAAUACUUGAUUUUGCUUCAAGAAAUGAGAACUCCUGUUUGUUCUGAGGAGCAGAGUCCUACUCGUGAGGUCAUCACACAGUUACUGGAAGAUGCCUUGAAAGCAGAAACUAGUGAACAACCAGAACAAACAUUUUUUAAACCACACCUGGUCAGUGAAUAUGAUAUAUAUGGUUUUCAGACAGUCCCAGAGGAUGAUGAAGAGGAGAAGCUAGUAGCAAAAUCACGAGCUUUGGACCUGAGAUCACUUUCUCUCAGUGAAAACAGAGAGAUCUCCACAGGGGUAAAAUGGGAAAACUACCUUGCAAGCACAAUGAAUAGAGAGAUGAUGCGCUGUGUAGAACUAAAGAAUCUUAUUCGAUCUGGAAUUCCACAUGGACAUCGUUCCAAGAUGUGGAAAUGGUGUGUCAAUCUUCAUGUUAAAAAAUUCAAGGACAGCACUGUUCCUGGGUAUUUCCAAACCUUGCUUCAAAAUGCUCUGGAAAAACAAAAUCCUGCAUCUAAACAAAUUGAGUUGGAUCUCUUGAGAACUUUGCCAAACAACAAACAUUAUUCCUCCCCAACAUCUGAAGGGAUCCAGAAGCUGCGAAAUGUGCUGCUAGCGUUUUCAUGGAGAAAUCCUGAUAUUGGAUAUUGCCAAGGGCUCAACAGACUGGUAGCGAUUGCACUUCUGUAUUUGGAACAGGAAGAUGCUUUUUGGUGUCUAGUAACAAUAGUGGAAGUCUUCAUGCCUCGUGAUUAUUAUACUAAGACACUGCUAGGAUCUCAGGUUGAUCAGCGAGUAUUCAAGGAUUUAAUGAGCGAGAAGCUUCCACGACUGCAUGCUCAUUUUGAACAAUACAAAGUUGACUAUACUCUUAUAACUUUCAACUGGUUUCUUGUGGUCUUUGUGGACAGCGUGGUUAGCGACAUCCUUUUUAAAAUCUGGGACUCCUUCCUAUAUGAGGGACCAAAGGUAAUAUUCCGAUUUGCCCUCGCACUUUUUAAAUACAAAGAAGAGGAAAUCUUAAAACUACAAGAUUCAAUGUCCAUUUUCAAGUACCUUCGAUAUUUCACACGCACCAUACUUGAUGCUAGGAAACUGACUAGUAUUGCUUUUGGAGACCUGAAUCCUUUUCCAUUACGUCAGAUCAGGAACCGGAGAACCUAUCACCUGGAGAAAGUACGUCUUGAACUAACUGAACUAGAAGCUAUUCGUGAGGAUUUUCUACGUGAACGAGACACAUGUGUAGAAAAAAGAGACCUUAUUAGUGAUGAUGAGGAGGAUAGUUGAAACUACUCAACAUAAACUUUUCUUUGGGACAGUGACCAAAGUGAGUUAACCUCCAAAACACUUUAUUAAUCCUGUCAAACAGAAUGUAAACUAGCUGCUUUUGGAAAUAUGCAGGACAGAUUUCCAAACUUCAGCACUUUCAGAAAUAUUGCUUUGUAUGGAGGCCGAACACUUCUGUUUACGUUCAUGGAAAUGUAUGUUGAGCACUUAAUAUCUGUCUCAGUCAAUCAGCUGAAUUGCCAGUUGUUUUCCCACAGCACACUCUUAGUGCCUGUGUAUGAAACCGUAGUAAGAAAAAGUGUACACUCUGUUCACCACAUUCAUUGCCAGUCUGCGGUUUUGGUUUGGUUUGUGGGUUUGGGUUUUUUUUGUUUUAUUUUUUUUUAAUGUAAUCAUUUUUUUUUGUAGUUAGGUUCAAUGUGGGAGAACAUAAUAUUUUUUGGUUUCAGGUUGGUUCAAUAAAUGCUUUCAUCAUGUUGUCCUUUAAAUUAGCCAAUCUUGAGGUCACAAACUAGAAAAAUAGAGAAUGAAGCACAGGAAGAACUUUGACUUCUCUCGAAGUGACAUGAAAUGGAUCAUCAAACAGAACACUUGAAUAUAUGGACUUAAAGGUAAAAUAGGUAACUAUUUGCCACUGAAUGUUCAGUUUAUCACUGAAACAGUGAUAUCAAACAUCAUUUAUGCUUUUCUGGGCAGCUGUGUUGAUAAAGAUCCUUAUUAAUGCAAAGGGGUUUGUAGAUAAAAUUCCGUUCAAUCAAUUCUAUUUCUAUACACUUUUUUGAUUGUAAUGUCUCAAGCCACAACCAAAACCCAGCUAUUAUGGAAGAAGAAUAGUUUGUCACAGGAGUACCAUGUUUUAGAAGCUAAUUAGUUGUAUAUCUGUUGAAGGCGCUUUCUUUUCAAUUUUUUUAAUUUGUCUUAAUUUUUUUUAUUUUAGUGCUUCUUCCUAUUUAGGGCUUGAAAUAAGAUUAAGUCUUGGUAUUUAAGAAGACAGAUAGCGUUCUUUUUGCAUGAAUGUAUAACUAUUGUACAAUAGUGGUAGCAAUAGGAUUCCUGAGACAAGAAUCUAUCAAUUAAUCAAAGGAGCCUAAGGAGUCCCAGCAUGCACACAGAAAUUCAGAUCCUUUUCCAGCAGAAAAACACAAUAUUCUCUUACUCUGUCAGCCUUGCUGCAAGUGUUGCAUGUACGUCCUACAAGACAGCUGUAAGGAAACAUUGGGGGUGUUUAGCUGUGGUGUUUCUGACUAUGGAAGUGUGACUGGAGGCCAUUCUUUCUCAUCUGAUGGCUAGCAAUAAUCUUAAAAAAAAAUUCCUUGUCUGAGGACAAGGAAGGCUUCUUUCUUGCUGGCUGUUCUCUGGACUUUUUGCAAUAUUCUUUCUUGAGGGUGUUGGAUUGACUUAAAUGUUGGGUCUGGAUGCGUCAUGAUAAAAGUAGGACUCAAAUACUAUGCAGCAAAUAGCUGAGCUCUGGGGAAGUGGUUAAUUGGCAAAAAACAAAACUGGUGGUCGGGACUGGUCAAGUGCAUCAAGCUUCUACUUCACGUGUUUUCUUUCAGUUUUCUGAGAACGAGUAGGACUUCUUUAUCAGGUAUACUCAUGUAAUUGUUUUAGAAAACUUAAGUGUGUGCAGGUAGAAAUCCUGCUUCUGUUUCACAGCACUUUUUUUUGAGAAUGUAUUUGUAGCCUUCUCUAAAUAAGCAUAUUAUAGCCAAUUUAUCUGGAAGGGAAAUAUUUAAUCAGUGGUGAACAUUGUAACUUACAGGACUACUUUUGAUAGAAAAUGUAUACUUCUUAUAUGACAUUGAAUUUUUAAUUAGCCAACAAAUCCUUGCCAAUGAGGGACACAUGGUAUGAUCAUCUUGAUUUCUAAGUUAUUUAUCUUCUAAAAAUGUCCCCUACCUUGUCUAUUGUAAGCACUAGUUUGGGUUUUUUUAUUCCCUCGUUACUCUCGGUUGUGUACUUGAGUUUGUUAGGCAGGUUUUUCAUAUUAUUGCAUGUACUGUAUUCAUUUUUACUUACAAUCAGUGUAUGAAUAUAAAAAUGGGACCAGGUUUUCUAAUUUUCUAGUUAUGCUGCCUUGGUUUUGAAAGAGCUGGUCUCUAAAUCAAUCUGUAGUGUCUGCUUUUUUUAUUUGUUUUAAUCGUGUUUUCAAGUGUUAAAUGAAAUCUUUCUAAGCUGAAGAUCUUCCUUCCAGUGGCAACAGUUGAAAUGUUAAGGUAAAGAAUAGGGUACCUCCUCUGUUCCUACAAGUGUAUUAUUCCUGGAUUUUGAGUCUUCGCUACAAAGUAUAGUCCUAUGGCUUUAGGAGAUGUUUUCAGACUGAUUUCAUGGCAGUCUUUAGGUUGUGAAGAUAAAACUAACUUUAGGCCAACUGUUCAGGAAGCUCUCUAGCUGACAAUACAUGACCUGCAACGUUACAGAACCAUUUCUUUUUUACAGUUGUGCUGAUGGUUAAAUUUAUGUGUGUUGCAGUGUUUCAUUAUAUAAGUUGUUACCCAAUUGUACAGUAAAACUAUGUAGCUCUGUUUCUUAUACCACUAUGUGAAUCUAAUAAAUGAAUGUUAGGAAGCUUGUGGAAAUAAUGUUGUCUCUGGGUAUUUUUUUAGUUUGCAAAUAUGAACUGAGUUGAUGCUGUUAUACUCAAGUUCCCAGUGAGCUGUUGCCUUCAUUUUUGUUACUGAUGCCUUAGUUAAAAGGUCAAAAAAUUCCCAAGGCAUCUAACCUCUGACCACUAGAAGUCUACACAGAACAAAAAUGAGGUGCGUAUAGCAGGAAGGCAUCAGGGGAAGCUUGCCAUGGUGUUGCAAGUGGCUUUGGGUGACUACUAGUUUUCUAGUGGUGUUUAAUCUGGUAAUUUUGAAGAGUAGUGAAUAGUUAGGAACAUGCAAGAUACACAGGCAGUGUUUAAACCCAAGGAAACCAAGCAAAAAAAUACAGUGUAACUCAGUGGCCUGCAAAAGCUGAACUGCAUAGAUACCAAGUGUUUGUAUUUAGGGGUAAACUUCUGAAACAGUGAAUGAGGAUUUCAUAAUCAUGCCAGCUGCUCAGUAGGAAAUUGACUUGCUAACGCAAAUAAAGACUGCUAAAACUAUUUUUGAACUUCAGGGUCAUGCAUGUAUGUGAAAAGAGUUCCUUAUGCACAGUUCCCAGUAUAUGUGAUAUAAACCAAAUCACUAAGUUGCAUCUUGCAGAAUAUUCCUCCAGCUUCAUACAUGUAUGAAUGGCUUUCCAGUGAAACUUCUGGUUACUUAUUUGAAACGUUCUAUUAUCUUCUGUUUAAAGGUCUAGUGCUUUUUUUUUUUUUUUUUUUGGCCUAUUUGCUAUUAAAACUGCACGGUAUUUCAGCUUUACCUAUACAUAUGUACAGGUGGUGUUAUCCAGUAUUAUCAGAUUGCUUGGUGGGUUGUUUUGUUUUUAACAGCUAUAUAAUCAAUAAAAAAGACUUUUUGUUGCCCUUUAGGUGUCCUCUGUGAGAGACACCUCCCCAUCCCCUCAGUCUUUGUAAACAUGGUAAGAUAUUUCAGUAGGAAGGGAAAGAUUUUUUUCUUCCUUAAGAUACCAGGAAUGAAUGGUCUUACAUUUUAGAGUUGUAUGUUCAGUCAUGCUUAACUGAGAAAUGGAAAAUUAAAUAAAUUUCAUGAGAUUGUAUAGCUGUCUAAGUGAAUGUUCCCUUAAGUGCUGUGUUAGAAAUCAGCAAUAUGCGGUACAAGAAAUUUGAAUAACAGAACAUAAGUGAUGUUAUUUUCAUAAAGAUUGAUAUAAAGAAAAAAAUAAAUUUUCUUAAUUUACA